AUGGAGCUCGACACGUUGACAGGAUCGUCGACAGCAUCACCUAUGGUCGCCUCGGACGACUUCACUGAGUCGGCAGCUUGGACUGCCGAGACUGAGAUCUCUGCUAACGAAGUUGUCGAAAAGGAGAAGCUAGUACGCGAGAUCAUGGCCAUGCAAGAUGGAUUGCGUGCCCUUAUCAGCCGCGUAAACACGGUCAAGGAAGACUGCAAGAAGGCAGAAGCAGACAACGAAAUGCUGCAGACUUAUAUCGAUUCGGUCACCAAGAGCCUGGCAGCAAAAGAGAGGGGAUAG